AUGCAACCUCCAUAUGAGUCUCAAGCAGAGACCUGUGAGCAGUGGCUUCAACUGUCCUCUGAAAAAGCAGUACCUGGAGCACAAAUUGAAGUGAUACCAUGCAAAAUUUGUGGUGAUAAGUCCUCUGGAAUACAUUAUGGAGUCAUCACAUGUGAAGGCUGCAAGGGAUUCUUUCGGAGGAGUCAGCAGAACAAUGCCUCCUACUCCUGCCCAAGGCAGAGAAACUGUUUAAUUGACAGAACCAACAGAAAUCGUUGCCAACACUGCCGACUGCAGAAAUGUCUUGCCCUGGGAAUGUCUAGAGAUGCUGUGAAAUUUGGAAGAAUGUCCAAAAAGCAGAGGGAUAGCCUGUAUGCUGAAGUGCAGAAGCACCAGCAGCGAUUGCAGGAACAGCGGCAGCAGCAGAGCGGUGAGGCAGAAGCCCUUGCCAGGGUUUACAGCAACAGCAUCAGCAACGGCUUGGGCAAUCUGAAUAACGAAACGGGCAGCACUUACUCAAAUGGGCACGUCAUCGACCUGCCAAAGUCUGAGGGUUAUUACAACGUGGAUUCUGCCCAGCCUUCUCCAGAUCAGUCUGGGUUAGACAUGACUGGAAUCAAACAGAUAAAGCAGGAACCUAUCUAUGACCUCACCUCUGUACCAAACUUGUUUACCUAUAGCUCUUUCAACAAUGGGCAGUUAGCUCCGGGGAUAUCCAUGACUGAAAUAGAUCGAAUUGCACAGAAUAUCAUUAAAUCUCACUUGGAGACAUGCCAAUAUACAAUGGAGGAGCUACACCAGCUAGCAUGGCAAACCCACACAUAUGAAGAAAUUAAGGUUUACCAGAGCAAGACCAGAGAAGCCCUUUGGCAGCAGUGUGCCAUUCAGAUCACUCAUGCUAUCCAGUAUGUGGUGGAGUUUGCAAAGCGGAUAACAGGCUUCAUGGAGCUCUGCCAGAAUGACCAAAUUCUCCUCCUUAAGUCAGGCUGCUUGGAAGUGGUUUUGGUGAGAAUGUGCCGUGCCUUCAACCCACUCAACAAUACUGUUCUGUUUGAAGGAAAGUAUGGAGGGAUGCAGAUGUUCAAAGCCUUGGGUUCUGAUGAUCUGGUGAAUGAAGCAUUUGACUUUGCUAAGAAUUUAUGUUCCUUACAGCUGACUGAGGAGGAGAUUGCCUUGUUUUCAUCUGCUGUUCUGAUAUCACCAGAUCGAGCCUGGUUAAUAGAGCCAAGGAAGGUCCAGAAGCUUCAGGAAAAGAUUUACUUUGCACUUCAACAUGUGAUCCAGAAGAACCACCUCGAUGAUGAGACUUUGACAAAGUUAAUAGCCAAGAUACCAACCAUUACUGCACUUUGCAACUUGCACGGAGAGAAACUACAGGUAUUUAAACAGUCUCACCCAGAUAUAGUGAACACACUAUUUCCUCCAUUAUACAAGGAGCUUUUCAAUCCAGACUCAACCACUGGCUGCAAGUGAAGGGGAUAAUGAAAUUUUCACGUAGUCAUGGAAUGCAUCACUGUUAAGACAAAAUGAAAUGUUUUCAUAAUGAACUUAUUAAAAAUGUCACUACUGCAACACUAGGAAUGUUCUGCACUUAAUAGAAUUAUUUUUCACCGCUACAGUUUGAAGAAUGUAAAUAUGCAAUUCUGAGUGGGGAUGUCUUUUUUCUCUUUUCUUUGUUUACCUUUUUUUUUUUUUUCUUUUUGAACUGACAAUGAAUAUACAAAUAUAGGACACUGGGUGUUACCUUUUUUUUUUUUUAAUUUUAUUUUAUUGGGAUAUGUUUUGGGAGACAACUGUUCAUAGAAUUUUAUUGUAGAUAUAAAUGAGAAUAGAGCAGUACUUUGCAGUAUUACUCUUGCUGUUUAUUGUUCAAAUAUAAUUUAAGAAAAUUCCACUUAUUAGUCUUGCCUAUUUCUAUGUUUUUAGAUAGUUUAAUGCAUGUGGAAAUUUGUAGCUGUCUUGGAAAUUAUUGUGCAUGUAUGAAAUACAUAUAUAUAUAUGUAUACGUUGUGUAUACUUAUAUAUAUAUGUAUGUACUAUAUGCAUACAUGCUGUAGCUUAAAAGUCCCAUGCCUACUUUUAAAGGAUGCUCAGCCAGGCUGUCAUGCAUUUCUUGCUCUCCAAGUAAUAUAUUAGAUCUACUUUGGGCAAUCACAAUUUGCUUUGCCAGUCAACAGCCAAUGUGUAAUGACAGGAUCACUCCUGAAAUGUGUAAUGUAGUGCAUAUGUGCAGUCUGUAAAUGAAACAUCAGGAAUAUACCAAUGAUGCAAAAGCCUUGUCUGGAUGAUUUCAGUGGAGAGAGGAAAAGCUUUUUGUCAAUAUUCUCCCUGCAACAGGGGUACAGCAUAUGUAAGAGUGAACAUUUUAGGACCUGUGUCAGUGAAGUAUCUGAAACACAGAAUAAAAACAUAGACUGUCCCACCCACUUCUCUGAUUACACAAAGAUUUUAUUUUAUUAUAUGCUUAUUUGAAAAAUAGUUGCAAGACUUGGCUUGGUUUUUGGUAUUUUGUUGGGUUUUGUUGUUGUUUUUUUUUCUUGUUUGUUGUUGUAGUUUUAAAGAAAUAUAGUGAACUCAGUGAAAACCUUAGGAAGCCUAAAAUGUAGCUCUGAAAAUUAUCAUCAGAGAAAGGGAGGGAGGAGGAAAGUUGAAGUGAACAAUAGCCAUGGUUAUGAAGAUGAACAUAACACUAUUACCAACAAAGCCAUCACCUAAACAAGACUGAUGGUUUCCAUUCCAUGUAUAUACAUACAUGUUAAAUACACAUAUAUAUAUACAAACAUAGGGUUGAUUUGAUGCUCACUUCAGGAGGCAAGCAAACGAUUGGAGCUUUCUUUUUGUCUGUCUCUAAGUUGAUUUUACGUGCAUUUGCCUGCAAAACCAAAGGUGAAUACAGAGAGGAGUGGAAGACUGCCACGAGACACAAUCUCGUAGAUUAAUUAAAUUUAAUUGCAGUCAUGAUUAAUGCAUUUGGAUUCUGCCAGAGAUUAAAAAAACAUAAACUUUUUCCUGUGGAAGAGCAGGGAUUCACUUCUUGCCAUGUCUCUGUCCUUGUCAUCAUAUCUAUCUGUUGGGAGCUUUUCCAGAAAAGUGUCCUUAGAGAAUGCUAGUGGAAGGAGUUGAGCAGAAAUAAGUAGAAAAGAAAUGAAGCAGAGGCAGGGUCAUGAGCAGUCCUUAUUUCAAAGCUCAUAGAAGGCAGUCUGAACUGAGAGCUGGUGAGAAGGAGUUGAAGGCCCCACUGCCAGGCCAUAGGGCAGAGCUGUGUCACUGGGAACCCAUGGGACACAGCUGGGCCCCAGAGUGGUUGCAGAAACUUGUGUCAGCGAUAGUCUAAUUCCUCUGUUUUUUCCAGAAGACCACAUAGGUCCCAUCUCAUCCUCUAUUCCUUUUUCUGCAUCAACAGUUAAUUCACACCCUAUUUCAAGCACUGGGUAAAGUUUCCCCUCGACCACCACCAAUCACCUUCUAAGUUUACACACACACCUCAUGACUCCAUAGCUAUCUCUUCUCUUAGCAAUCCUAAACUUGCUGCAAGAGCAGUUACAAACCCUUAGCUAAUAAAUGUUUCUCUGUUAAUCUAUUCUGAGUGCAAAAUAGAUACAAAAAGUGCAAAGCCAUGUUAAUUUUUCUGAGGUUUGUUGUAAAAAUGAUGCAAUCUUCUAAAUUUCUUAGUCCUAGAAAAAAUCAAUCUCUAAAAUACUCUUUUUGCACCAAAUUUCUAUCACAUACUCCAGUGAUUUUAUUAAAAUGCUUUCAGUUAAUGUAGUACAACACUGCUUCUGAUGCUUCUUUAAACCACUUAAGCCAUAAGAUUGGCAUCCUCUUGUAAUCUGAUUUUGUCUGUUUGCAGCCUGUUUUACAUGACAAAUCCAUGAACAGGACUCCAUAUUCCACCUACUUCUAAUAUUUAAAAUAAUAAUAAUAAUAAAUAAUUAACCAGUAUUUAUGCAAGGUCAAUUUGUAUAUAUUUGGAAAAAAAAAAUCAAGUCAAACUGAAUCCUGUAACAGCUCAAUUUUAACUGCAGAGGAUUCAUGUUUUCCUUGUCUUUUUCAAUAUGAGAACAUAUUUACAUAUAUAUAUUACACACAUAUAUAUAUGCUCAUUUGAAAUCCAUUAUAAUAAUAAUCCAUUAUUUUCAGUACAUUAAAAGUAACAUAUUUAGCCAAUACACAGAAUAUAGAGUGUGAUAAGUAUUACUGUCAUAAGGGUUGAUAAAUGAAGAAGUUUGCUAUGCUUAUAAACAAUCCACAUUUUUGUAAUACAUAUUGAAAAUGCCUUAUUGUUUUCAAAUAAGCCAAUCAAUCUUUAGCUUGUAUUAUGAUUUACAUCUUAGGCAAGAUGACAAAAUGAAGAUCACCUGUGAAAAAGACAUAUUAUUUAACCAUUAUUCAUAGGGAGUUUCAUCCUUAAAGCACUGUUCUGAAAUCACUGCAAUCUCAUGAUCUCUUCAAUCAGUAAGGACUGUUCCCUUUUUUCAAAGAUAAAGAAAUGAAGGCAAAGAAGUUAAAUGGCCAGAGACCACAGAACUAGUAGCAUCCAGGCUGAGAUUAAAAGUGGAUUCUUUUCUUUUGUCCUAAAACCACUAGCAAUGUCACAUAACAUUUUCUGUACAAACUGUACAAUUACAAAUAUUGCCAAAUUAUUAUCUUCAGAUAAUAUUAUCAAUAGUUUGUUCAUUUUUUUUUUAUUUUUACAGAAUUUGAGCAAGAAACUCAUUUAUUUUUGUAGCAAAAAUUAAUUCUCAUACAGUAUUUACUGGUGCUAAUCAGUGCUGAUAAAACUUAUUUAAUUUUCUUUGAUUACAGUCUGGCCAUGUAAGUAAAUUAGUACUUCUUCCCUUUGUUCAUUGUGCGUAGAACAAGAAAUAGCAAUGACAUCCUACAGGCUGGAUUUUUGUUGUCAUUCUUAAUACAGCCAUUUGUAUAUGACAUUUUAAAUUCUCAAUAUCGGAUUUUAUACGUUCAAGUAAUCCGCAGGCUUUAAACAAUGAAACAGUACAAGUUCAAUUAAGUAACUGCGUAGCCAAUCACAAAAUGCAUUUCAGACAGUAUUACUACUGUGUUUUAUUUUCUUGGCAUUCAUUAAUCUACAGUAGUAUCUGAAGCCCUUCAAUUAAACUUCUAGAACUAGGACUUGUCACAUCUGCUGUUUAGUAACUGGCUAAUAUUUGUUGAUUUUUUUAGUGAUACAUCUUUCAAAUGGAACACAAUUUUUUAUGACUGAUUGACCCCAGAAAUUCAACAAAAAAAAAUAUUUAAAACAUACAUUAAAUCUUCUAGCAUUGCUGUCAGAUAAUUGGACCACAUUGAUCUAAAUUAUCCACAGCAUCAAGCAGGCAGAUGCAGACUAUUUGUUACACUGCCACAGGGACUUAAUUUUGGUGUAAAUGUCACUCUUGCCAGCUCUUUGUAUAAAGAAUUCAUUCCAAGAGUCAUAUUUUCUUCUAAUGGGAAGAUUUCUUUACUGAUUGCUAGGGGAAAAAACAAAAAACAAAAAAAAACAAAAAAAACUGGAUAAUAGAAAGCAGUCAGCUGAACCAACUGGUUUUCAAAAACAACAUAUAUUUUAAGACUGGCAGCAUUUAGGAAUUGAUUCUGCAUGUUGUCAGGCUCCCAUAACUCUAACAGGCCACUGGAAAUGGAGACAUCUCACUACUUCACAGAAGGUGCUCAACCCCUCAUGAAAUCAGAGGCCUUUGGUGUUGCUAGGUCCCUUUAGGUGAGAUGUCAUCACUCUUAUUUUUUAAUACUUUUAGUUCAUGCUUCCUGUUGUUCACUUCAGCUUCAUUUCCCAAGGACCAGUUUAUUUUCUGCUGUGCCCUGUGCACCAUCACUGUCCCAACACCUGUGCAAGGUUAAGGAGCUCUGGUGGAGCAGCUACUGGGCUUGUCCAAGGCGAUAAUCUUUAUUGUGUGACUUUCUUUGUUUCUUUCAUGGCCAUUGCUUGCACAUAUGUUCAUUUCCCUUUGCGUUGCUGCGUUUUCCUUAGUGUUGCUGGGAUUUCUGACCUAGCAACUGCUACACAAGGAGGGAGCAAAACUACUGCUAUGAACCAGCCCGUCAGCCUCGCACCACAGGACUGUGGCAGCCCAGCAAGGCCACAGCAGUCUGCAAGGCAGUUGGGCAGCUUAACUAGAGUUACACAGCUGAUGGCUUCUUUCCACACUGUCUUUUUCACCUCCUGUAAAGCUGUGCUACAAAGCACGGAUCAGUCACAUCCAAGAUGCCCACAUCUUUCUUACUUCUGACUUCUUAUUGAUUGUGCCCUUUCCAGAAGAACCAAGGUCUAGCCUGGAAGUUGGUUCCUUCUUUCAGUGCCAUUGUCUAUUAGACAUCCCAGGAACAUAGAACAGGGCAAAAAUUAAAUUAUCAAAUUAAAAUAGAGCACAGGUUUUUUUAAGUACAUGUGAAAUGGAAACCUGGGAACAGCUUUCUUCUCCUGGCAGUAAUAGAGUACCUACACCUACCAUCCUAUCCCAGCACUUUCUGCCUCUGCUCUGGAGACUAACUGCUAUCUCUGACAUCCAUUAGAAACAGCAUGUUGGAGACUCAGUCCUUUCUUUUUUAUGUUUCACGCUUUGUAAAUGACAAUCACUGCUCGAUGCAGAUAUUGCACUGUAUGCCACUCAGGGAUGUUUCAUUAUUAAAAAUAGCUAUAUAAAUAUAAUGGUGAUGAUAAGGAAGAGAAUGCUAGAGGCUUUGAAGGGCACUGUUUGAGCUGCCCAUUGAACAUGACCCAGACAAGGCUUUCCAGCCAGCGAUUAGAAGUAGCAUUGGUAUAAACUGAAUUCGUUGACAGAAUUUCCUCAGCUUGUUGCAGAACUCACCUCACCUGCUGUUUCAAAGUCAACCUCCAGUCAGUAGGUAAACCAGUCAGUUUAUGAUAUGUCCUUUUUGAAACAAAAUGUAACCAAGCUCUGUAUAAGUUACUGAAUUUAGACAAUCAACAAGAGAAAGUGCAGUUUAAAUGUACUGAGUUUAGGUACUACUAAUGCGAGAUCCUGUUCAGAAUUGCUGCAGGCACGUAAGAGGAAAAGCUAAGAAGUGGAAUAAAUGGUUACGUCAGCAGGGAUAGCAACAGUGUUGUUGAGCUACCACAUGGAGAAAUGCCUACAAAGAGCAAGCAGUGUAAAAUGAAGUGGCUAUGAGCUGCCCUUUUCUCUCAGGGAAACGUGAAACCACAGCUACACCCAGGCCUCUGUAGCAAUGUUUCUCCAUGGUCUCACCAGUCCUUUUCUCAUCUCCAGCAAACGUGAUCCAUUUUUAGUGAAAAAAACUCGCAUUUCCUACUAAUAUGAAAUGUGAAAUGCACUUCUGCUUAUCACUAGUUUUACAUUAAGUGUUUUCAAUAGGCCUAACAUUACAACAGCACAUAACCUUCAUUUGCAGUUCUUACAAUCUUGCCAGUCAUAUACUUGACUCUGAGUCUCCAACCAAUAUGUUUUCCACACUUCUCAUUAUGGUUGUUGCCACUAUUUUCACAGUGAUU